AUGCAGGAGAUCGAGGUGCCCCCAAGGGACGUCUUUCAACACUACGUCCAUGUCGACCAGCCAGGAAAGACCCUCGUCUGGUGGUUCUCCACAAAAAAGAAGAACAUCUCCUUUGGCCUCUACUUUCGCAAAAACGCAUUUUGUCCUCCUCAGCUGAAAUCAACUUCCAUCGCCCCAUCCAUUACAACCACCGCCCCUCCUCAUUCUUCUUCCGCGCCUACUUCUGCAGGAGGCCUACAGCAUCAGUACCAACAACAACAGCAACGCGCUCAUCCCUCCAGACCCGAAUCCCUGGCCUCCAAGAACGCUGCUCAUUCCAAGGGACCCAGUACAGGAAGCGGCAUUCUUUCAUCAUCCCAAAAGUCAAUCCACAACAACAUGGAUGGCAGCAACAACAACAGCAAUAACAGCAGCAGCCAUAUCAGCAACAACGAGGCAGGACAAUACUCGCCCAGCAAGACAUCGGCCAACUCGAGUGGGAGCGACGAGGACCUUUAUGAAGCAGGGAUUGGGCUGAGGGCACACCAACACAGCCCGAGUCAGGCUUUGCUCCCGUCGACCACACAGCCGUCACUCCGCAAGAAAAAAACGGUUGCCAAGCUCAAGGACCCUGAGUUGAUCGAGCUCAUCCCUAUCCAGCACUACGAAUCCGGUGCAGGCCCAGUCCAUGGAGAGUACACCGUGCAGGAGGAAGGCAGCUAUGUUCUCGUUUUUGACAACACGUUCUCCAUCAACACCUCAAAGCGACUGACCUUCUUCGUCGCCCUUGAGGAGCGCGGGCCGACUCCCGUUGCGCAGCCCACCUCUGAAAUGACAGGCUGGCUCCUCAAAAAGAAACGAAAGCGUAUGCAAGGGUGGGCAAAACGCUGGUUCCAGAUCGAUAAUGGGAUUCUGUCGUAUUCCAAGGUUCAACAUGGUCCUUGUCGAGGAAAAGUCCAUUUGGUUCUCUCGACAGUCACCGUCAGCAAGGCGUCCAACAUGAUCCACAUCGACUCGGGAACAAUGCUCUAUCACCUGAAAGCUUUGACAGUGGAGGAUUACAGAGCCUGGAUGAGCGUCAUCAAAGAAUUCAAGGAGUCGGAACACCGCGCGGUUCAGGAAUCGGUUCACCGAAUGACCCACCGGGAGACACCGACACCAAAACGCGCCCAUCUGAGCAACACAUGGCUAUCGAGUGGCAGCCAAUUGGACGCGUUGAAAGAACUAAUGUCGACCAUGGAUGCUGGAUUCAGCGAUAUUCAGGAUCAACUGGAAUCGAUUCGCGUCAAGUCGGGGUCUACUCUUACUUCUCAGCCAAAGUCCACAGGAAGAGAGCGUCAGUCAUCUAUCGACAACAAGUUCAAGUUGCCUAGAUUUGGCAUUCCACGGACGACGAGCGAUGGAAACGUCUCGCAGACGAAUGACGCAUUGCAUUCACAGCUGCAGGCGUCAUUCAAAAAACUGGCGGCGGACAAGACAAAGACUUUUGAGAUGGUGCGGUCCGAGAUGGAAAAGUGGGAAAAGAACGAAAAGCAGUAUCAGAUGCUCUUGGCCGAAAACGACAAGCUGGCGCAACCUCAUCAUCACCACCACCCUCACAGCCUCCGCAACUCUGGAGAAAAAUCGGCCCUGUCGCGACUGGCGCUGGAGGAGGCCUUUAUCGCACAUGGACGGACGUCCAUGAGCUCGGAUCGGACCAACUCUUUGACCUCGUCCAUCCAUACCGCAUCGGAUGUGUUUUACGACGCAAUGGACGAUGCAGUCUUGACCACCAACAUGUCGCCCGCGGAUCUGUCGGAUCUGGAGGAUGCUGGAUUUGACGUGAAUGGAUUUGACGACGACGACGACAAUUCUAGUGACGAGGACGAGUUUGUCGAUGGCGGCGACUCUUCACCAUCAGCAGCAGCAGCACCCGUAACACAGCCCGCGCCACCAACAGCACCAGAGGACGAUGGAGGAUCAAUCGUGCGGCGGUCUGUCUUGCCAGCACCCGUAUCGGGAGAGGACAUUUCGCUGCUCUCAAUUCUGCGCAAGAACGUGGGCAAGGAUCUUUCGACAGUGGCGAUGCCGGUCUCUCUGAACGAGCCUAUCAAUGUGCUGCAAAAGUUGUGCGAGGAGUUGGAGUAUAGUGAGCUUCUGGACAAGGCUGCCAGUCUCCCAGGAAGUCUGGAUCGGUUGGUCUAUGUUGCUGCGUUUGCAGUGAGUGGGUAUGCCAGUUCUCAAUGGCGUGCAGGUCGUAAACCAUUCAACCCUCUCCAUGGCGAAACCUUUGAAUAUGUCUGCCCUGAGAAAGGAUUCAAGUUCAUUUCUGAGAAAGUGAGCCAUUACCCACCUAUCAUGGCUUGCCACGCUGAAUCGGUGCAUAACUGGACAUUGUCAAUGGAUUCGCGCGCAAAGACAAAGUUCUGGGGCAAGUCCAUGGAACUGAUGCCAAACGGAACGAUCCAUAUCUACUUCACAAAAACAAACGACCACUUCACGAUCGUAAAACCCACAACCUGGAUGCGCAACCUGAUGGCAGGAACCAAAUACCUCGACCACACGGGUGACAUGAAAAUCACCAACCACACCACAAAGGAAACCUGUCUCCUCACAUUCAAGGAAUCGAGUUUCUUUUCCGGGACGAAACAUGAGCUGAUCGGACAUGUCAUGGCUGCGAACGGGGCCAAGAAACGAACACUUCAAGGAAGAUGGUCCGAGUCGUUGAUGGAAGAAGUUGGGCCGAAUAAGUUGGAGAGGCUCUGGAAGGCUCAUACUCCACCACCGAACCAUGAGCGGUACUAUGGUUUCACCGCUUUUACGAUGCAGUUGAAUGAGCUCACCAAGGGGCUGGAGAAGAAGUUGCCGAGGACCGAUACGCGAUUCCGGCCGGACCAGUCGCUCUUUGAGAAUGGGAGAGUUGAAGAGGCGGAUCAAGAGAAACUGAGGGUGGAGCAGAAGCAGAGAGAGUUGAGGAAGCUGAUGGAGUCUAAGGGGGAGCCAUGGGAGGUUAAGUGGUUUGAGAAACGACCGGACCCGCAGACCGAAGAUCCUGAGGGCCAGACUUGGGCUUAUAAGGGUGGAUAUUGGGAGGCGCGCGAGAGUGGGCAGUGGAAUGAGAAGAUUACCCUUUGGUAA